CUGCCCGCCUGCAGCCCCCGGCACGGGGCUAGCGCCGCCCCCGCAGGGAGCCUGCUCCGGCUGGGGACACGGGUCUCGAGCCCGCGGGGGCUGAUGCACCUGGGCCCGAUCCUGCGUCGCCCCAUCCCUUGUCCCCGCCCCCACGGCUUUGUGCCCUGAGCCGCUGCCCCGCUCGCCUCCCCCUCGUUACAGCCCCUGGGAGCGAUGGGUCCUGGGAAGAAGGAGGCAGGACUUGGGGAGAACAAAGCACCGAGAUCAGACAGCGGGCAGCAAGUGCGGGGGCCGGUAACCUUCGAGGAGGUGGCUGUGUAUUUCACCAAGGAAGAGGGAGCUCUGCUGGACCCCACUCAGAGAGCCCUCUACAGAGACGUCAUGCAGGAGAACUAUGAGACUGUGACCUCGCUGGGGUUUCUAGUUUCCAAACCUGAUGUGAUCUCCUGGCUGGAACGAGGGGAGGAUCCUUGGGUCCCAGACCUCCAGGACCCUGAGAAAAGAGAGACCCUGAGAGAGGCCUGCACAGCAGAUGGUGGGAUGGUGAAUGGGAAUGAGGAGAAUGCUCAACAAGACGACGCUGAGCAAGUAGAAGCACAUGGCACGUUAUCAGAAGGAUCCAAAGGAAAUGUUUCCUGGAGUCGUGCAGAGGCAAACGCCUGUGAGAGUCAGCACAGACCAGAGAAAAAGUUCAGUAGAGGCUCAGACCUUAUUAGAUAUGAGAGACUCGACACAGGAGAAGCACCCUACGUCUGCCUGGAGUGUGGGAAAACCUUCAAACGUAAGAAAGUCUUUAGCAGACAUCAGAGAGUCCACACCGGAGAAAGACCAUACACAUGCCACGAGUGUGGGAAAAGCUUCCGUCAUAGCUCAAACCUUACCACGCAUCACAGAAGCCACACUGGGGAGAAACCCUACACUUGCCAUGAGUGUGGGAAAAGCUUCACUCGGAACUCGGAGCUUAUCGUACAUCAGAGAAACCACACAGGAGAAAGACCCUACACUUGCUGUGAAUGUGGGAAAAGCUUCAUUCGGAGCUCAGAGCUUAAAAAGCACCAGAGAAUCCACACUGGAGACAGACCCCACAGAUGCCCUGAGUGUGGGAAAGGCUUCAUUAAUAGGUCUCAGCUUGUCACACAUCGGAGAAUCCACACUGGAGAGAGGCCCUAUUCAUGCCCUGAAUGCGGGAAAGGCUUCACUUCUAGCUCACAGCUUGUCUCGCAUCAGAGAAUUCACACAGGAGAGAAACCUUAUUCAUGCCCGGAGUGCGGGAGAAGCUUCAGUUCUAACUCACAGCUUGUCUCACAUCGGAGAAUCCACACAGGAGAGAGGUCCUAUGCAUGCCCUGAGUGCGGGAGAAGCUUCAGUCAUAGUUCACAUCUUAUCACACAUCGGAGAACCCAUACAGGAGAGAGACCAUACACAUGUCCUGAGUGCGGGAAAAGCUUCAGUCAGAGCUCAAACCUUGUCACUCAUCAGAGAAUCCACACAGGUGAGAGACCCUACACGUGCCUUGAAUGUGGGAAAAGCUUAACUCGACGCUCACUGCUGAUCAUACAUAAUAGACUCCACACAGGUGAGAGACCCUACACAUGCCUCGAGUGUGGGAAAAGCUUCACUCGAAGCUCAUUGCUGGUCAUACAUCAGAGAAUCCACACUGAAGAGAGACCUUACAGAUGCCCUGAGUGUGGGAAAGGCUUCACCUGUAGCUCUCAGCUUGUCUCACAUCGGAGAAUCCACACAGGAGAGAAACCCUACUCAUGCCCUGAGUGUGGGAAAAGCUUCAGUGAUAGAUCACAGAGGAUCAAACAUCAGAGAAGGCACAAGGGGGAGACACCCUACAUGUGCUCCGAGUGCAGGAAAAGCUUCCAUUCGCGCACUCAUCUUCUCGCACAUCAGAGAAUCCAUACGGGAGAGAAACCAUACACGUGCUCUGAGUGCGGGAAAUGCUUCACUCAGAGAUCAAACCUUAUCACACAUCAGAGACUCCACACAGGGGAGAUGCCCUAUAGCUGCCCUGAGUGCGGAAAAAGCUUCCGUCGGAACUCAGAGCUUAUCAUACAUCAGAGAAACCACACAGGGGAGAGACCCUACACUUGCUGUGAGUGUGGGGAAAGCUUCAUUCGGCGCUCAGAGCUUAAUAAGCAUCAGAGAAUCCACACUGGAGAGAGACCCUACAGUUGUGCUCAGUGCGGUAAAGGCUUCACUUCUAGCUCACGGCUUGUCUCACAUCAAAAAAUCCACAUGGGAGAGUAGCCCUAGUCAAGCCUGGUGUGUGGGAAAGGCUUCAGUCAUAGUUCAUGGAUCAUCACGUGUCAGAGAAUCCACACAGGAGAAUAACACUAUCCUUGUAUUCAGUAGGGCUGCCCAAAGAUUUUUUGUUUUGGAUUUUGUUUUGGUAAUACAUUGGUUAAUUCCCACAUAGUGGUCUUGAAGAUUGAUUGCACCAAUUCCUUUACUGUAGUCUCUCAGCUCCCUUCAGGGGAGUUGACACCUUCUACUUUUUGCAACUCACCUUACUUUGGGGUGAAUCCUGUGAUCCUUUCUAUCAACUCCUUUGUCUUAUGAGUUAUGGGAGUCUGUGUCCCUUUUGACAGAAAUGUCCAUCAGUCCAAGUUGGGGGACAGAGGGUUGACGUGAUCUGGCUACAGUGACAUAAAAACUAUCUGUGCCUUGUCUCCACUAGAACUGUACAUUGUUAGGCCAUGUCUACACUACCACUUAUGUCAGCAAAACUUAUGUCACUCAGGGGUGUGAAAAACACACACACACCCACCGAAUAACAUAAAUUUUACCAGCAUAAUUGGCAGUGUACACAGCGCUGUGUCGGCAAGAGAGCUUCUCCCCCGAUACAGCUACUGCCGCUCGUUGGGGGUGGUUUAAUUAUGUCGACGAGAGAGCUCUUUACUGCCAGCAUAGAGCGACUGCACAAGAGAUUUUACUCCAGCGCAGCUGCAUCACUACAGCUGUGCCGCUAUAAGGUCUCUAAUGUUGACAUGGCCUAAGUUGCUCAAAUCAGCUAUCUGGGUGUAAAACCACAACUAUUUUUUUCAGGACAGACAUAACCCAGGUGCAGUGGUUGUGGUUAGUUUUCCCCUUGUGCUGACCUGAUCUCCAUCACCUUUCCUAGUCCUGGUAAACCCUGAGCAUCACAUUGCCAAGUGAAUGUUAGUCACCAGAUUUCCUGGUUGGGCAAGAGUUUCAUUCGCAGGUUUUCUGACAUAACUUGUGGUUGUGCUGAAGAGGAGGUAAUUUCUCUACCAGUUUUCUGAUUUAGAAUAUAGUGAGAUGUAAUUAAAAGGCAGGAGGAAAGGUAGAAAAAAAGGAUCAUUUCAGCCUUUCCAGAUGGGAAGGUUGGCUGAUUUUCCCUAUUAUGAUGAUGCUAAAACCUUCGUAACUAGCAUGACUGAAUAAUAAUAAGGUGGUGCUGAGUGAAGAAGAUGUGAAUGGGUCAGAGGACAGCGUAAUAGGAAAAUCGGUUCUAAUUUGGCAUCAUGAAAUGUAAGAUCUGGAAUUUCAUUUUAUAUGAUAUUGAAAUUGUCUUAUUCUCUUAUGUGUUGUGGGUUUUUCUCUUUCUUGGGGGCUUUUGAUAACAUAACUGGAUAUUAGUUUUUUAUGAUAGGAUGAAGUUCAGGUUUUUGGUGGAUUUUGAGACAAAUGACUAUUUACUAAAACAAUUUAUUUUUGUGCAUAUCUUUUUUCCACUCCUCCAUUAUGGCAUGGAGAAAGCUCAAGAGCAGUUCAGUCAUCAGGAAUGAAUACUCAGAGCUAUUGGAUGUGCUACCAGAGAGAGAGAGUAGCUUUUAAAAUUGUACAUCUAACUAUGGAACGGAAUUGAAUAACACUGUGAUCAUAUAGCCCUGGUCUACACUACGCGUUUAGGUCAAUUUAUCAGCGUUAGAUCUAUUUAAUGUUGCACCUAUCCACACGACGAAGCCUUUUUUUUUUUUUUUUUUUUUUUUUUUUUUUUUUUUUUACUUAGAGAUCUUAAAAUCUAUUUCUGUACUCCUCCCCUGACGAGGGGAUCAGCGCUGAAAUCCACCUUGCCAUGUCGAAUUUGGGGUAGUGUGGUCACAAUUCAAUGGUAUUGGCCUCCGGGAGCUAUCCCAGAGUUCUCCAUUGUGACCUCCCUGGACAGCGCUCUCAACUCAGAUGCAUUGGCCAGGUAGAUAGGAAAAGGCCCAUGAACUUUUGAAUCUCAUUUCCUGUUUGGCCAGCGUGGCAAGCUGCAGGUGAGUGCAGAUCUCAUCAGCAGAGGUGACCAUGAUGAAGUCCCAGAAUUGCAAAAGAGCUCCAGCAUGGCCAAAUGGGAGGUACGGGAUCUGAUUGCUGUAUGGGGACACAAAUCUGUGCGAUCAGAACAACAUUCCAAAAGACGAAAUGCCCAAACUAUUGGAAAAAAUCUCCAAGGGCAUGAAGAACAGAGGCUAUAACAGGGACCCGCAGCAGUGCAGCAUGAAACUUAAGGAACUCUGGCAAGCCUACCAAAGAACCAGAGAGGCAAACGGCCACUUGGAGUAAGAGCCCCAAACAUGCCGCUUCUAUGAUGAGCUGCAUGCCAUUCUAGGGAGUGCAGCCACCACUACCCAACCCCUGUGCUUUGACUCUGUCAAUGGAUUAUCAUGCAACAAGGAUGCACGUUUUGGGGCUGAGGAGGAGGAGGUUGUGCACAGCAAGCAAGCGGAGAAACCAUUAUCCCUGAGAGCCAGGAACUAUUUCUUACCCUGCACCUGGAGCCACUAUCCCCUGAACCCACCCAGGGCGGGCUCCCGGACCCGCCAGGUGGAGAAGAGACCUCUGGUGAGUGUAUCUUUGUAAAUAUAAUACAUAGUUAAAAGCUAGCAUGUUUAAUGAUUAAUUUGCCCUGAAGACUUGGGAUGCAUUCGCGGCCAGUACAGCUACUGGAAAAGUCUGUUAACGUGUCUGCGGAUGGAACGGAAAUCCUCCAAGGACAUCUCUAUGAAGCUCUCCUGGAUGGUCAUUCCUCAUGGUCACCUGGUUGAAAUAGGGUAAUUUUAUUAAGGGGACAUUCAGAGGUGGCCGCUAGCCACGUGGAGGGGGGAGGUGUGAAGCAAUCAUCACAGAGAAUUGAGUGGAUGGGUUGUGGGGGGUUAGUUGGGUUUGUGCUGCACGUUAACCCAAAAACCGCAGCCCCUUUGUUUACAUUGCCAAUUCAUUGUUCUCUAAAAUGUGUCUUUUUAACUACUACUCUUUUUUUCCGCUCCCACAGCUGCAAAUGUUUCAACGCUCACACUAUCAUCUAGUGAAGAUUAGAAGGCGAAAAAAACGCACUCCCAACGAAAUGUACUCUGAGCUCAUGCAGUCCUCCCACACUGAAAAAUCCCAGUAGAAUGCGUGAAGGCAAGCAAUGUCAGAGUCCAGGAAAGCACCAUAUGAAUGCGAUGAUAGGUGGCAGGUUGAAGGUGAUAGGUGGCGUCAGCUUGCUGACAGAAGGCAGGAGGCAAUGUUGAGACUACUGGAGGAUAAAACUGUUAUGCUCUGGCAUAUGGUUGAGCUGCAGGAAAGGCAGGAGCACAGACCGCCACUACAACCCCUGUGUAACCAACUGCCAUCCUCCCCAAGUUCCAUAGCCUCCUCACCCAGACGCCCAAGAACGCGGUGAGGGUGCCUCCGGGCACCCAAGCACUCCACCCCAGAGGACUGCACAAGCAACAGAAAGCCGGCAUUCAAUAAGUUUUAAAGUGCAGUGUGGCCUUGUCCUUCCCUCUUCCCCAACCCCACCCAGGCUACAUUUGGCAGUUAUACCCCUUAUUUGUGUGAUGAAUUAAUGAAGAAUGCAUGAAUGUGAAACAAC